AUCCUUCCCCUCACAAUGUUCAUCUUGGUCUUCUUUGGCUAUGGAUUCCUGGGCCACAGAAGUCAGGAAUUGGGACACCAAGGAACUGUGACUAGGAUGGUCUACACCCAGCCAAAGGUGCUAACACCCAGUAGGAAAGAUGUUCUUGUCUUGACUCCGUGGCUGGCUCCCAUCAUCUGGGAGGGGACCUUCAACAUCGACAUCCUGAAUAAGCAGUUCAGGCUUCUGAACACCACCAUUGGACUGACCGUGUUUGCCAUCAAAAAGUAUGUGGUGUUCCUGAAACUGUUCCUGGAGACAGCAGAGCAGCACUUCAUGGUGGGACACAAGGUCAUCUACUAUGUCUUCACCGACCAUCCUGCCGAGGUGCCGCAGGUGCCCCUGGGGGCAGGACGGAAGCUGGUGGUGCUGACCGUGCACAACUACUCCCGCUGGCAGGAUGUGUCCAUGCACAGGAUGGAGAUGAUCAGCCACUUCUCUGAGCUGCGCUUUCUGCAGGAGGUGGAUUACCUGGUGUGUGCAGAUGUGGACAUGAAGUUUCAAGACCACGUAGGUGUGGAGAUUCUCUCAGCACUCUUCGGUACCCUGCAUCCUGGCUUCUACAGAAGCAGCCGAAAAGCCUUUACCUACGAGCGCCGGCCGAAGUCCCAGGCCUACAUCCCCUGGGAUGAGGGUGACUUUUAUUACAUGGGGGCCUUCUUUGGGGGGUCAGUGGCAGAGGUGCACCGUCUCACCAAGGCCUGCCAUCAGGCUAUGGUGGAGGACAAGGCCAAUGGCAUCGAGGCAGUGUGGCAUGAUGAGAGUCAUCUGAACAAGUACCUGCUGUACCACAAGCCUACAAAGGUGCUGUCCCCAGAGUACAUGUGGGACCAGCAGCUGCUGGGCUGGCCCUCCAUCAUGAAGAAGCUGAGAUAUGUGGCUGUCCCCAAGAAUCAUCAGGCAAUCAGGAACAGAUAG